CAUACAUACAUACAUUGUUGCAUAAAACCAUUAUUAUGGUUGUCACUGGGGGCUAAUGAUGCUUGAUGCCCAUGUUAUUUAUAGGGAAGAAAGACACAAAUAUAGGGAGCCCUCCAUUUUUUUCCACUUAAAUGUGUUGGCCAAGUCCAUUCUUUCCAUGGGUGUAAUUAUCAAAAUAAACCAAUAGAUAAACAUUAUAUGCUUAGCUGGCAUGCUACCACCAAUGCCCAUACACCUUAUAAAUCCAAACUUUAAGUUUUUUUUUUUUGUUUGUUUUUUUAGAUCAUGAAUACAAUAUAUUGUAACAUGGUUUUUGAGAGGUAGGACUUGGAUAACAGCUAGGUGGAAAAACCAUCAAGGAGACCUUAACUCUCGCUUAUGGAAUGGCGAAGACAUACUGAUUACACCUUUAUGCCCCUUUGGCCAACUAUGCUUCCAGAACCACGGGGUUAACAGCACAUAUAUUGUCUAAUCUAUGAAUCCCUUCGAUUUAUGAAAACUGUUUUCUCACAUCUCUUGCAAUGAGAAGGGCUUUUCAGCUCUGUUUUGGCCCUCUAUCCCUAACCUUGAUGGUUAUUUUGCAUUGUAAAAAAAAACCCGGUACUUGAAAUUUUAUUUACUUUGUCUUAUUAAAUGCUACAAAACAUUCUAAAAUAAAAAUGCCUUUUGCAUAUUAAAACUAAUAAAAUAAAACAAACAAACAACAUAUCUUGCAGUCAGUUACAAUACAUCUCAUGCUGUAUUUAGUUUCUAUUGCAGUGUUAAAUGAAUUGCAGUCACGUUAUCAAAUCCAUUAUAGCAAUUACAGACUCAAAUCCAACGUCUGCUAGUAAUUUGCUUGGGCUACAUUCUUUUCAAACAAUGGUUGUUCAAUACUUUCCGUUUAAGUAAAUUACAUUUUCUAUUAUUGAGUGAAUGGAUUGUGUUUAUUUCUCUGUUUCAGUUUAGAUUUUGUAUUGAAGUCAAAAUCCCCCAGAGAAAUAGUAAUAAAUGGCUUAAGUCUUCCCAGGUUUCUAGGAGAUUUAAUUAUCAGGUGCACAUGCAGUGUCUUUCCAUUACUCAGUCCCAUGAUGAUACCAUAUUGCUUGCACGGUAGCAGGACUGAAUGCAGCCAGAGGAACCUGUGUUAACAGUUUUUUUUACAGUUCUAGCGAUUUCUCUGACUUGUGUGAGAGGAUAUUCAGUAUGACCAUAAUCAAAGACCUCUUUGGAUGCUACUUGAUAUUGUAAAAUUGACAGAAUCCUCAAGCAAGCUUCACUGAGGAAAGCAUGGAGCUUCCGGCAAACAGUGUCAGGAUAAUUGCCUGCUGCAUCCUAAUCUUUGUGAGCUUUUUUGGAAACACCAUACUGAUUUACUGUACCUGGAGAUGCAUCAAGAGACGUCUGCCAAUUUCCUUUGCUCUUAUUUUCAGUCUUGCAGUUGCGCAUUUAGUCAAGAACUUGGUGGUCAAUACUAUAAAUAUAUUAUAUAGUGCUGGAAUUCGCUCUACUUCUCUUGCGUGCAAAAUUGGCAUUUUUGCUGGGUCAGUGGGCACAACAUUGGAGAUUUGGUUUACUCUGUAUUUAGCCAUAUUGUAUUGCUUUAAACUCAGUUGCGUUGUCCAUCCACUACGAGCACUUCCAAAUCGCAAGUGGCGCAGAUUUCACUUAAUGAUGGUUUUUGCUCUCUGGAUUACUGCAGUUGCACUUUGCUGUCCAUAUCUGGUAUACGGGGAGAACGUGGAAAAUGAAGUACCACUGAAUUUUUCAAACUUCUUUCAUCACAACUGUCUCAAUGUGGAAUGUGGUAUUUUAUUUACAGAUGAUACUGUGAAACUGUCUUAUGAGCAAAUUUUGAUGGUUCUCAUUGACUUGCUCCCUUUGGCCAUUUUACUCAUGGUCAGUUUUCGAAUUGUACUUUUUCUUUUUGAGCGACAAAAUUCUACUUAUGGAAAUAUUUGGCUUGGCCAUAAUGCAGAGGUAAUAAGAGCAUCAAAAUUGAUAAUACUCUUGAUGACCCUGGUCACCUCCCUAUGGAUUUCACAUUUUAUUCUUGUCUAUUUUCUAAAAUAUAUGACUUCCUUGUCCUUCUCUACAACAGUUCUUGCUGUUUUAUUUUCUGGAUAUUCAAGUCUUAGUCCAUACUUGCUUAUGUUAAUUAAUUACAAGAUAAGAAUAAGGCUCAGAUCAAUGAGCUCCUUCUGCUGUACAAUUACACAAAAGAGCAAGCCUUUGGACUCUGAAAAAUCCUUGCCAAACAAUUCUGCCGUCAAAAACUGAGGAACAUGUCUUCAUAUUAAGAUCUCAAAUUUUAAAAACCGAAAAGGCCAGCCUGGGUUACUAAUUGCUAUACUGCAUUAUAAUGUGCAUUGACAGCGUGAUACCAUAUUGACUAUUUGAAUUUUCCUUGUACCAUUGUGAUCACACAAAAGCACAUAUUACCAGGCACAAAGCAUGCGGGCACCAUCUGCUUUUAUUUCUCUUGCACCAUUUAAAAACUUACAAAAGAGUUUUUGGAGCUGUAAUAGGUCUCCAGUUGUCUGUGUAUAAAAGCCUUCUUUAAGUUCAGAAAGACUGUAGAGUUUUGUGACCUACUUUCUAUGGUAAUUUUUUACCAUAUUUUCAAGGCACAAAAGGCUUAUAUUAUAAUAAUAAAAUUAUAUUUUAUUAUUUGGCAAGUUAUUGGAUUUUCCUAGGUGAAGUGUUUGCUUCUGUCUAGCCUUGCUUGUUAGCCUUAAUUGUGCUAGUGAAAACUGGAUCAUUUAUUGGAUGUGAUAUGUUUUAUUGGACUUUCAUUAAAAUUAUUUGCAGGCACUUUAUAAUAACUUCUGAAGUCACAAAGAUCUGAUUUAUAUAAAGCACUAUGUGGUCUUUUCUAAAUGUAGAACUCAGCUGAAUUGAAAGGUGAAUGCAACUCACUGUAGACCACAGUACAUAAGAAUUUAAUCUGGCCCUUUGUCUCAUGGAGAGAUACCAUAAAUCAAUGCCAUUUUAGGAUUCCUAGCAGAACUGGAUAGAUUUAUAGUGGUCUUUCAAUCCAUAAUUGGAAGCAGUGAAAUGUCCGAUUAUUGGCAUCAGUUUAUAUGAGACAAUAUGGCACAGCAGCUAUGAAGGGAUUCUGGGAAGUGUGAUAAUUAAGGUUGCAGAACCUUGCUUAUAAUGAAGUGCAAGAGAUAUGGAAAUAUAUGAUGAGAUAUGAUAUAUUUGCAACAAGCAACAUUUAUGGAACCAAAGAAACAGCUCUUGAACUUUCUGAUCUAAGAGUUUUUUUACAACUGAAUAAGUAUUCCAUUAACUAGGAUCAGGCUAAAAAAUAUUGGGGGGGAGUGCAGGAAGGCUGGAGGAGAUACUUACCUUAAUCAGGUCUGUCCAACCUUCACCCCUGCAGCUGUUCAGCUACAAAUCCCACAUCCCAAUAGUAGUUCAACAACAGCCAGAGGCCAGCAGAUCUCUGAAGGUUGGAGAUCUCUGAUUUACAGAUAGAGAAAACUGUCUUUUCCAUUUAAAAAAAAUCAUCAACUUUCUUACAAAUGCUGUGAUAUAUUGUGCUGUGGCAUGAUUCAUGUCAUAUCAAGACAAAGUCUUCUACAUGAGUAUAUACUAAGGGGGUUAUUUACUAAGCUCCGUAUACCCGAAA